CACUGCCCAGGGAGGUGGCGUAUGGCUCUGCUACAGUUCCUUCCCCCUCCCUCUCCUCUGCCUUCUACUGCUUCCCUCCCCAAAAACCCGACAGAGGAUAAUGCCUCCUGAAUACAUGAUGAAGUGAGUAGUCAGGCUGGGCUCUGCCACUGCUGCUGGGAGUGAGUGAGUGUGUGAGUCUGUGCAUUGAGGCAUCUCUGCACUGCAGCCUCCUCCUACAUCCAGCCAGAGAGAAAGAGAAAGGCACGGAGGGAAGGCGGCUUGUUGCAGUGCAAGGCACUGGCCCCUGGGAAGAAGCAAAUCCCUUGCAGCCACCCAAGGAAGGACUGUAGCAGCCCCUGAGCAAGGAGGCAGGCAGCAGACGCCAUGCUGAAUAACCUGACGGACUGCGAGGAUGGUGACGGGGGUGCAAAUCAAGGUAAGAAGAGCAGCCCUUGGAGGGGGCAGGGGAGCAGCAGCGCUGAAGAGAGAGUUGGGGGGCAAGGGGGCAGCCUUCCCCCUGAGGAGAUGGACACCAGCCCGAUGGUCUCGUCCCUGCUGAGCGGGCUGGCCAACUACACCAACCUGCCGCAGGGCAGCCGGGAGCACGAGGAGGCCGAGAACAAUGAUGGCAGCAAGAAGAAGCCAGUGCAGGCACCACGGAUGGGCACCUUCAUGGGCGUCUACCUGCCCUGCCUGCAGAACAUCUUUGGGGUGAUCCUGUUCCUGCGUCUCACCUGGGUGGUGGGAAUUGCCGGCAUCAUGGAGUCCUUCUGCAUGGUCUUCCUCUGCUGCUCCUGUACGAUGCUGACAGCCAUUUCCAUGAGCGCGAUCGCCACCAACGGCGUGGUGCCAGCAGCCGCGUCCAGAGCACUUCACCGGUUCCCCUCUGUGGGAGGCUGUUUGCCAGGUGGUGAGGCCGUGACUCUCUUCCAGGCCUACAUCUUCCCGGCUAUGGCCAUCUUCAAGGCGGAGGACGCCAGCGGAGAGGCCGCGGCGAUGCUCAACAACAUGCGUGUAUAUGGCACCUGCGUGCUCACCUGCAUGGCCACCGUGGUGUUUGUGGGGGUCAAGUACGUCAACAAGUUUGCCUUGGUCUUCCUGGGCUGCGUCAUCCUCUCCAUCCUCGCCAUCUACGCCGGUGUCAUCAAGUCGGCCUUCGACCCACCGAGCUUCCCGAUCUGCCUCCUGGGCAACAGGACCCUGUCGCGCCACGGCUUCGACAUCUGCACCAAGCUGGUGGUGGAAGGCAACGAGACGGUGGGCUCCAAGCUCUGGGAGCUGUUCUGCACCUCCCGCUUCCUCAACGCCACCUGCGACGAGUACUUCAGCAUGAACAACGUGACCGAGAUCGAGGGCAUCCCCGGAGCCGCCAGUGGCCUCAUCCAAGGGCUGGUGAGCCCCCGCGAGCGCAACGCGCCGGGCGGCAGGAAUGAGGUCCUGCAGCCGCAGCACGGAGCUGACGUGCUGCCGCUGAGCGCCGCCCGCUACGCGCUGCUUCGGCUGGAGGAGGGGCCCCCGCACACCAAGAACUGGAGGCCCCAGCUGCUGGUUCUGGUCCGCGCGGAUCAGGAGCAGAACGUGGUGCACCCACAGCUCCUGUCCUUCACUUCACAGCUCAAAGCUGGCAAGGGCCUCACCAUUGUGGCCUCUGUGCUAGAAGGGACCUUCCUGGACAACCACCCGCAGGCGCAGCGAGCAGAAGAGUCCAUCCGCCGGCUGAUGGAAGCAGAGAAGGUGAAGGGCUUUUGCCAGGUGGUGAUCUCCUCCAACCUGCGGGACGGCAUGUCUCACCUCAUCCAGUCCAGCGGGCUGGGCGGGCUGCAGCACAACACGGUGCUCGUGGGCUGGCCCCGCUGACACCUGGCCCUGCUGGUGGCCAAGAAUGUCGCCAUGUUCCCGGGCAACCAGGAGCGCUUCUCCGAGGGCCACAUCGAUGUCUGGUGGAUCGUCCAUGACGGGGGGAUGCUCAUGCUGCUGCCCUUCCUCCUGCGGCACCACAAGGUCUGGCGCAAGUGCAAGAUGCGUAUCUUCACGGUGGCGCAGAUGGACGACAACAGCAUCCAGAUGAAGAAGGACCUGACGACGUUCCUGUACCACCUGCGCAUCACCGCAGAGGUGGAGGUGGUGGAGAUGCACGAGAGCGACAUCUCCGCCUACACCUACGAGAAGACCCUGGUGAUGGAGCAGCGCUCCCAGAUCCUCAAGCAAAUGCACCUCACCAAGAACGAGCGGGAGCGGGAGGUAAGGCUGCAGGAAGCGCUGGCUCCUGUGCGCCAGCCUGGCCCGAAGCGGCAGCGGUUUGUCCCUGCAGUGUCUGUCGCAGCAAAGCUGGCCAGGCAGAGCUCAUCCCCCUACUCGCUCCUCCUGCUCCCUCUCCUGACCGCUUCCUGA